CCUGUAAACUGAGUAAGUUGCUCACAGUCGUCCUCCCGCUGCUAACGUUAGCCUGCCUUGCUAACAUUAGCGGGUUCCAUAUGAUGCUAGCUAGCCUGGACUCGGUGUUUCACAAGCUAACUCGGAAACAUGGAGGCCCAGCUGACCCCGCCCUCCAUCCUGAGAGAGUUCUGCCCGCUUUACUACCUGCUGAAUGCCAUCCCAGCCAAGGUGCAGCGUGGGUUCAGGUCUGUCCUGGUCUACCUGACGGCUCUGGACAGCAGCAGUGACUUCCUGGCGGUGGGCAGCAGCAUCGGCAUGCUCUACCUGUACUGUCGCCGCCUCGCACACAUGAACAAGUACAGCCUGGAGGGGAAGAGUGAUGCGAUCACAGCUGUAAAGCUGCUCAGCUGUUUUGAUGACCUGGUUGCCGUGGGAACAGCAUCUGGUCGAGUAGCCAUCUUCCAGCUGGUGUCCCCGCUUCCUGGUCGGAACAAACAGUUGAGGCGUUUCGAUGUGGUUGGCCUCCAUAAAGGCUCCGUAACGUCUUUGGCGUGGAGUGCCAACGGGAUGAAGCUUUUCUCUGGAGAUGAUAAAGGACGAGUUGUGUUCUCGUCUCUGGACCUGGACCAGGGGGUGUGUAAACCUGUGCUGCUGUUGGAGGAGUCUUCAGGUGUGGUUCAGAUGGAGUACAGCCACCAGGUGCUGCUGGUCUCUACACAUCAGAGAUCUCUGCUUUACUGCACACAGAAACAGGAAGUCCAGCAGCUGGGUUCAAAGCCCCGCAAGAGCAGCGGCAGGUUCGGAGCCUGCUUCCUGCCGGGUCUCUGUAAACAGAGCGAUCUUCAGGUGUUUGCUGCUCGACCUGGACUCAGACUGUGGAGGUCCGACAUCAGAGGACAGGUGGAAGACACCAGACUGCUGAAGCCACUCUUCACCACACAGAUUCCUCAGUUUGAGUUGUUCCCUCGUUCUGAUCCAAUCGGAGCUUAUCGUCCGGCAGACAUACAGCUCGGUCUGCUCAGCUGUUUCCUCAGAGAGGGCUGGAUCCUCAGCUGGAACGAGUACAGCAUCUACGUCCUGGACUGUCUCAACGAGGUACUGCAAAUACUUAUAGUACUUUGUUAA